UGGUGAGGAGAGUCGGUCUAUUUUAGUGAGCCACUCACAUGAGUGCUGGAAUCUAUAUAUCUACCCUCUUUCUGUCCGUCUCAUCUCACAAAAAGAAGCCUGUGAGUAUUUGUCAACUGCUGUAUAAGGAAGAACUGCAACCAUGUCUGAAGCACCGUCGAAACCAAAGCCAAAAAUCUCAGCCUCUCGAAGACUAUUUUUGAAGACCAAACUGCUGAAGAAGGCCAUGACAAUGCUCGAGAAUGAAAAGCAAUUCAGAAAAGAUGAACGAGAAAGAAUCCUUGAAGAGAGAGUCCCAUCCCUCGUAAUGUCAGGCCUGACUUUGCAAGAUUUACAGAAUCUUUGCAAAGAACUACACCAGAAAAUCGAUGUGGUUGAUGAAGAGCGGUAUGACGUAAAUUCGAAAGUGACGAAAAAUGACGUGGAGAUACAGGACCUGUCACAGAAGAUCUUUGAGUUGAAGGGCAAGAUGAAGAGGCCAAACCUGCGGAGGGUGAGGGUGUCUGCUGACGCCAUGCUGGGAGCGCUGCUGGGCUGCAAGGUCAAGGAGUCAGUGGACUUCAAGGCCAACCUCAAGACUGUGAAGAAGGAGGAGGAAAAGAAAGAGGAGGUGACUGACUGGCGUAAGAACGUGGAGUCCAUGUCUGGUAUGGAGGGCAGGAAGAAGCUGUUUGAUGCCGGGCAGUAGAUGUGAAGUGAAUAUCUUUGUGAAGACAUGUUGCUGCUCUAUAGCAGGUAGAACCAGUGAAUCAUGUGACUAUUGUUCACUUUAUAAUGACAGUGACAAUGAAGGCCAAUUUAACAAGUAGGUUCUGGCAUUGCUCAUUUCAACUGUUUGUGAAGUAGUGAGUAUAUUAAUUCUAUUACACUUCUUGGGGAAUACGUAGUGUUAAUUUUGCAUGAUGACAUAAUGAAAACUGUAUCAUGAAAAAAACCAUAUGUAUUUUAUGUAUUUGAGCAGGGUACUGCUUUUGUGGUUUUUAGCAGAUGAAUUCAUGAACACAGCACUAUUGGCUGUCCAGAUCUGAUGUACAAUAAACAGGUGAUAAUCAGAGGGAAUGCAGAAGGGAGCAAUCUUUUUACUUUGAUCCACUUCCCUCUUCUGAAUCAAGGCAACAUUUUUAUGUGCUCUUGUGUUUGCCGCAAAGACAUUUUACCUGUCGGAUUAGGAAACACAUUCCAGGGACAGCUAAUUUUGGCAGUCAACUGUUCAUGGAGUCACAUCACGGUGAGCCUUCUCGGACAUGAAUGAUGAAUUAAACCUGAGACAUUAUAAUGACAAAAAAGCAGUGUUAUGAAUUGUGCAUCAAAUAAUAAAAUCAUUAUUGCGGACAUUGCUCA